CCGCCCGCCGCCGGCGUCCGCGCCCUCCCUCGGCUGGCACGGGAUCCUGAGCCCGCCCAGCGCGCCGAGCCGGGGCGAGCCGAGCCGAGCCGAGCCGAGCCGAGUUCUACCGUUGUGCGCAGCCCGGCACCGCGGCAGCAUGACCGCGCGCGGCCCAGCCCUCGGCUUCCUCCUGCUGCUGCUCUGUGCCGCGCAGGUGUUGGCACGGUCCUGCGUGUGGUAUGGAGAGUGUGGAAUUGCAUCUGGAGACAAGAGGUACAACUGCCAGUACUCGGGGCCACCAAAACCCUUGCCAAAGGACGGGUAUGACUUAAUGCAGGAGCUCUGCCCAGGAUUCUUCUUUGACAACGUCAGCGUGUGCUGUGACGUGCAGCAGCUGCAGACCCUGAAGGACAGCCUGCAGCUGCCCCUGCAGUUUCUGUCCAGAUGUGCAUCCUGUUUUUAUAACCUAAUGAACCUGUUUUGCGAGCUGACAUGUAGCCCCCGGCAAAGUCAGUUUCUGAAUGUUACAGAAACUGAAGAUUAUGUUGAUCCUGUUACAAACCAGACGAAAACAAACGUAAAAGAAUUACAGUACUAUGUCGGAGAGAGUUUUGCCAAUGCCAUGUACAACGCCUGCCGGGAUGUGGAGGCCCCCUCCAGUAAUGACAAAGCCCUGGGGCUCCUGUGUGGGAAGGACGCCAAAGCCUGCAACGCCACCAACUGGAUCGAGUACAUGUUCAAUAAGGACAACGGCCAGGCGCCUUUCACCAUCACACCCAUUUUCUCAGAUCUUCCGGCCCAUGGGAUGGAGCCCAUGAACAAUGCCACCAAGGGCUGUGAUGAGUCUGUGGACGACGUCACGGGGCCAUGCAGCUGCCAGGACUGCUCGGCCGUGUGUGGGCCCAAGCCCCAGCCGCCGCCCGCUCCAGCUCCCUGGAGACUCUUGGGCCUGGACGCCAUGUACGUCAUCAUGUGGACCACCUACAUGGCGUUCUUGCUCGUGUUUUUUGGAGCAUUUUUUGCCGUGUGGUGCUACAGAAAGCACUAUUUUGUCUCCGAGUACACGCCCAUUGAUAGCAACAUCGCUUUCUCUGUAAAUGCCAGUGACAAAGGGGAGGCGUCAUGCUGCGACGCACUCAGUGCGGCAUUCGAGGGCAGUCUGAGGCGGCUCUUCUCCCAGUGGGGCUCUUUCUGCGUCCGAAACCCAGGCUGCAUCAUCUUCUUCUCCCUGGCCUUCAUCGCCGCCUGUUCGUCAGGCCUGGUGUUUGUGCGGGUCACGACCAACCCAGUGGACCUGUGGUCCGCCCCCGGCAGCCGGGCGCGCCUGGAGAAAGAGUACUUUGACACGCACUUUGGGCCCUUCUUCCGCACGGAGCAGCUCAUCAUCCAGGCCCCCCACACCAGCGUGCACACUUACCAGCCGUACCCCUCAGGGUCCGACGUGCCCUUCGGGCCCCCGCUCGACGUAGGAAUCUUGCACCAGGUUCUUGACUUACAAACCGCCAUUGAAAAUAUCACGGCGUUUUAUAACAAUGAGACUGUGACACUUGGAGACAUCUGCGUGGCCCCCCUCUCACCCUAUAACAAGAACUGCACCAUUAUGAGCGUGUUAAAUUACUUCCAGAACAGCCAUUCCAUGCUGGACCACAAAAUAGGCGAUGACUUCUUUGUGUAUGCAGAUUACCACACGCACUUGCUAUACUGUGUACGGGCUCCUGCCUCUCUGAAUGAUACCAGUUUGCUCCAUGAUCCUUGCCUGGGUACGUUUGGUGGGCCAGUGUUCCCGUGGCUUGUGUUAGGAGGCUAUGACGAUCAAAACUACAAUAAUGCCACAGCCCUUGUGAUUACCUUUCCUGUCAAUAAUUACUACAACGAUACAGAGAAGCUCCAGAGGGCCCAGGCCUGGGAGAAAGAGUUUAUUAAUUUUGUGAAAAACUACGAGAAUCCAAAUCUGACCAUUUCUUUCACUACUGAGCGAAGUAUUGAGGAUGAACUGAAUCGUGAAAGUAACGGUGAUGUCUUCACUGUUCUGAUCAGCUAUGCUGUCAUGUUUCUGUACAUUUCCAUAGCCUUGGGCCACAUCAAAAGCUGUAGCAGGUUUCUAGUGGAUUCUAAAAUCUCCCUUGGUAUCGCCGGGAUCCUCAUUGUGUUGAGCUCAGUGGCGUGCUCAUUGGGCAUCUUCAGUUACGUUGGGAUCCCCCUCACCCUCAUUGUGAUCGAAGUCAUCCCAUUCCUGGUGCUGGCUGUCGGUGUGGACAACAUCUUCAUUUUGGUCCAGACCUACCAGCGCGAUGAACGUCUUCAAGGAGAAACUCUGGAUCAACAGCUGGGCAGGGUCCUAGGAGAAGUGGCUCCUAGUAUGUUCCUGUCAUCCUGUUCAGAGGCUGUAGCGUUUUUCUUAGGAGCCUUGUCAAAGAUGCCAGCCGUUCACACUUUCUCCCUGUUUGCCGGGAUGGCCGUCCUCAUUGACUUCCUGCUUCAGAUUACCUGUUUCGUGAGUCUCUUGGGGUUAGACAUUAAGCGUCAAGAGAAAAAUCGUCUGGACGUCCUUUGCUGUGUCAGAGGCUCUGAAGAUGGAACUGGCAUCCAGGCCUCAGAAAGCUGCUUGUUUCGGUUCUUCAAAAACUCCUAUUCUCCUCUUCUGCUUAAGGAUUGGAUGCGACCAAUUGUGAUAGCGGUAUUUGUGGGUGUCCUGUCAUUCAGUAUCGCGGUCCUGAACAAAGUGGAAAUUGGAUUGGAUCAGUCUCUUUCAAUGCCCGAUGACUCCUACAUGCUGGAUUACUUCAAGUCCCUCAAAUACCUGCAUGCAGGUCCACCUGUGUACUUCGUCCUGGAGGAAGGGCACGACUACACCUCUCUGAGAGGGCAGAACAUGGUGUGCGGGGGCAUGGGCUGCAACAACGACUCCCUGGUGCAGCAGAUCUUCACCGCGGCCCAGCUGGACAACUAUACCCGAAUAGGCUUUGCGCCCUCAUCCUGGAUCGAUGAUUAUUUUGAUUGGGUCAAGCCUCAGUCUUCUUGCUGUAGAGUCUACAACAGCACAGAUCGGUUCUGCAACGCCUCAGUGGUUGACCCUGCCUGUGUCCGCUGCAGACCUCUGACCCCGGAGGGCAAACAGAGGCCUCAAGGUGAAGACUUCAUGAGAUUCCUGCCCAUGUUCCUUUCUGAUAACCCGAACCCCAAGUGCGGCAAAGGGGGACAUGCUGCUUACAGUUCAGCCGUUAACAUCCUCGGCAACGACACAGGUGUCGGAGCCUCGUACUUCAUGACCUACCACACCGUGCUUCAGACCUCUGCUGACUUCACUGACGCCAUGAGCAAAGCCGUCCUCAUCGCCAGGAACAUCACCACAACCAUGGGCCUCGAAGGAAGUGGUUACCGUGUGUUCCCGUACAGUGUGUUCUAUGUCUUCUACGAACAGUACUUGACCAUUAUCGAUGACACAAUCUUUAACCUCAGCGUGUCCCUGGGAGCCAUCUUCUUGGUGACCUUGGUUCUCCUGGGCUGUGAACUGUGGUCUGCAGUGAUCAUGUGUGUCACCAUCGCCAUGAUCUUGGUCAACAUGUUUGGCGUCAUGUGGCUAUGGGGCAUCAGUCUGAACGCAGUUUCCUUGGUCAACUUGGUUAUGAGCUGUGGCAUUUCCGUGGAGUUCUGCAGCCACCUCACGAGAGUGUUCACGGUGAGCACGAAGGGCGGCCGCGUGCAACGGGCCGAGGAGGCGCUCUCUCACAUGGGCAGUUCUGUGUUCAGUGGAAUCACACUAACAAAAUUUGCAGGGAUUGUGGUGUUGGCGUUUGCCAAAUCGCAGAUCUUCCAGAUAUUUUACUUCAGGAUGUAUCUGGCUAUGGUCUUACUGGGAGCCACCCAUGGCUUGAUAUUCCUCCCGGUCUUACUCAGCUACAUAGGCCCAUCGAUAAAUAAAGCCAAAAGUUCGGCCACUCAAGAGCAAUACAGAGGUACAGAGCGAGAACAGCUCCUUAAUUUCUAGCCCCUUGUGAGGUUUGGGGACUUUGAACUGUGUGUGUGGGUCGGUCGGUUUACUGGACAGUCGCUGUGUCGUCCGGGCGGAGCUGGACGGUAGCGACACCAGGCUCGGACAGCGGCAGCCUCGGCCCUAGUGCUUUUGGAUUCAGGACCGCCAAUCUGACGUGUGAAGCAGUAUUACCUAAUCGGAAGGCAGCCCCAGGACGCCCAGGGGCCUUCCACGUUCCCCGGGAACGAGACCUAACUCGGGCAGGCGGAAGGGGACCCAGGCAAAGCUGGGUGGGAUCUGCUCCCUGACACCUUCUGAAGGCCAAUCAAUGCAAUGUUUUUCCUUUGUUUUUGGAGUAAGCCAUCACACAAGUUCUAUACCAUAUUUUUAGUAACACUUGAGAAUGUUGUAGAUACACUUUAACAUUUUGUAGUUUAAAGAGCUUUAUUAAUGCAAUAAAUUAACUUUGUACACAUUUUUAUAUAUAUAAAAAAAAACUAGCAGGUGAUUUCAGAAUGUUGUAGGCCUCAUUAGAGCUUGGUCUCCAAAAACCUGUUUGAAAAAAGCAACAUGUUCUUCACAGUGUUCUCCUAUAAAGGAAAUACAGAUUUCAUCAGAUGUGGCACAAAAAGAGGAAAACAAGAAUGAACACUUUACAGCUCAUAGAUGUGUACGGUGGGGUUUUAACUUGUUUUCCUUCAUAAAAUACUUUGUUUUCCUAA